AACAUUGCGACAAAAGAUUAAACGAACAAUUUUCUGACAAGGGCCAGCUUUAGUUCCUUGUGUAACAAUGUUCAGUUGUAAGCACACAUCAAUGUCGUUUGUUUUGAUACUAGAAUUUGCUGAUAGUCAUGAGACCACACGGCACCAUUUAGUUGGUGCCAAAACGGGUACUUUGUUGAAGGGACAAAAAGAGUCCCGACCUUUUUUGUGUACAAGGCCAAGAAAUGUGCAAACCAAAUCUUGACUACGGAGGUUCCAUUGAUGUAGCAGAGACCGAUCUCUCCCCUGUUUACCCCCGUCUUUCUGCUAUGACACAGUCGUUGCUGGAGAGAAACAUCAAAAGAUUAACAGUAUUUUCCGACUGUUUAUGUUAGCGCCAUCAACAGUAUAAAGAACAAGCCUCGAGCGCUAACAAGCAGUUAAUCAGUGCGAUUUCCUUGCGAACCAGUCUGCAAGAUGGCAGCAGUAGGAAUCGUUGCAGUCCUGUUCUUCGUUCAUCUCUUUGGGGAAUUCUCCUGCAUAAAUGCAUCAGUUAAAUGUAGUCAAGGAGGAAAAGAAUUUCGUCCAGGGCAAUGGAUAAAGAAAGAUUGCAAUAAAUGCUACUGUCUACAACAUGGUGACUGGUUAUGCACCGAAAAGCUUUGCAGUCGAUCAAAGUUUGAAGGAAUUCAGCUUACACCAAGGCGACGAGUCACUAUCAAAAGAGGAAGUGAGAUUUAUGUGUUGUGCAGAAGUGAAAGGAAAACAUCACGUUUCACUUGGUUUGUUGAUGGUCACAUGAUUACGUCACCGUACAAAGUAGCUACAGAUGGGAGAUCUGGGGAAAGCGUAUUACUUCUGACGUCACACGAUUUUAGCGGCGAGUUUGCCUACAUCACUUGCUUUGUACCACCCUUCACACCAAAGCGGGUUAAAGUGAAUUUGGCUACGGCAUCAGAUGUUCCAGCUGGAUUUCCAGUUUUCAGUUCAAAACACCAAGUUAUCGGAGCUAAACCUGGCGACAAAGUGAAGUUACAUUGCAAGGUCGAAGGCCGUUCCCCAAAAACCAUCACGUGGUUUAAGUUCCGUACUCUUAUUGGACAAAACGCAAACCACUCGUAUGUUACUCCAGAUGGUACACUUAUCAUAUCGAAGGCUGAGAAAUCGGAUACCGGGUCAUACAGGUGUAUGGUUGUCAAUGAUGUUGGCGCUGGUCUGUCUCCGAAUCCCGUAAAAUUAGUCGUGAAUUCAGAGUUGAAAACAUCAAAUCCAAUCAACGGCGGCUGGUGUGAGCCUCAGCGUUCAGAAAACUGCGACGUGAGUUGCAUUGAUGGCGUUCAGGUUGUCAAGCGUAAGUGUUCCUGCCCGAGACCGGUCCAUGGUGGUACACCAUGUGUAGGCUCGUCUGAAGUAGCUGUGGAGUGUAACUUUGCUGGCUGUCCAAGAGACGUAACAUUGGCUGGGGAGAUAUCAGUUGGUACAAUGACAAAUGACGAUGUGACCCAAGGCUCUUGUUUGCAUAUCGGAGUAGUGAAAAAUGAUGAAAGUUGCAGCAAAGAUAUGUGCAAGACAGUGUCUACGAUGACGACUAGGGAUAUCAAAAUCUAUGAACGCAAUGGGAAAGACAACUACCUCCUAUAUUCCAUGGUUCUAAAAGAUGUCAUUGGGAGUUUUGAAAUUGGGUCUCUUAUUCAGUUGGGACAUUGCGAUGAAUACAGAUCUGCAAACAAAAUACUCAAGAAAGAUAGCAAAACAGAUUCAACGAUUUUCUCUGAGUUUUUCAGUGUUCAGCAGAAUUGUACAUACAUCCAGCUAAACAUGAAAGCAAAUUUUGAAGAGAAGCUUCAAUCGUUUCGGGGCGUUUUGAGCCUUAGGCCAUCCUUGAAAGCAAUUCCAGAUCACUCCUGUUUGCAUAUUUCAAUAUGGUAUGAUGUUUCUUGUCAUGGUCCUUUCGACUGCGUUCCGUUGAUGACAACAACAUCGAAGUCUUUCAGAUAUCAAGGCAACAGUAUCCUUUACAAUGCUAUAAUACCUAAGUGGCUGGAUGUAGGCGAUUACCUAGUGCAAGCAACUCUACAAGUUGACCGUUGUGCUGACAAUGGAGAUUCCAAGGUCGGUGACUUCAUGACCUUGAAGAAGCAACGCAUAUUUAUUACAGAGUCAUCAAAUGAUUACGAGGUUGACUUAACACUUGACAAAAGGAGGCCUGAGGGUAGAAGUAAAGAUGUGUGGGUCAGUGGAACGGUCUCUUUGCCGGGCUACUCUAAAUAUGAAAUCGAGGCAAGGUCGUGUCUCACAAUAAAAAUCCGCGAAAUUUACAAGUGCAACGAAUCCGAAGGAUGCCGAAAUCCAUACGUUGCUGAAAGGAGAGCACUGAGCCUCGGUUACGUUGCUGCAUCUCAGUUUUCAUACGAUGUUAAAUUCAGUGAUGUCAAGGGGCGUAAAUUUGUCGUGAGUGGAAUUCUAAAUCUUGGCUGGUGUAAACACUUUGUGAAAGGCAAAAGGAGACUCAAGAAGGGAGACUAUCAAACAGCCGAGUCAACUGUCGCAUCUCUGAGUGAACACCAAAGCCAAAUUAAUAUUCCAUUGAAAAUGGAAGAAUUCCCAGCUUCUAAAGGUAAAAAAGAAUACCUUAUAAAUGGAGAGCUCAAACUGGAAUCGAUUACACCUGACAUGCUCAAGAACUCCUGCUUAAAAGUCAUCCUUGCAACUGAGAAAUGCCUGGCUGGUGAAGAAUGCAACAAGAAACCUUUCAAAACAGAAGUAUUCGAAAACCUACAAUUCUCACCAAGACAGACCAUUCAUUUUAAAAUACAUUACAAGAAAGUUUCAAAUAUAAAUAGCGUGUAUCUGUUUGUGAUAUUUAAUAAUGGCUGGUGCAGCAAAGGAGUAGAAGAUUGGAAGUCAAUACAGGGUGCUGAUCUUAUUGGCGAUUUCGCAGUGAAAACUGAAGGAGAUAUUGGAACUUUGGUGUUGAAAAAACAGAAGGAUAUUCGCUUUAUUGAAGGACCAUUUGCACGUGCUGAGAUUGGGCAAGAUUCCAUUAUCGUCAAAGGGAAUAUUGUGUUGCCAUUAAACUAUCCUAGUUCACAAAUUGAAGAGUCAUCCUGCCUAAUCGUAACUGUCCGAGAUUCCAGAACAUGUGAAAAAAAUAAAAUCUGCCCAGAUUCACCUAUUGCUAAAAAUAUCUUCAAAAACAUUGGUAUUACGUCAAAAAACACAAUUGCAUAUGAACUUACCGUCAGUCCCAAACUGAAGCCAAACAUCGACUACCUGUUUGAAGCUGUCCUUAACAAGGGAUGGUGCUCUGAAGGUUCAACAAACAGAAAGUGGAUACAGGAUGGUGAUCUCUUCAAUACGGUCGACGCUCGAUUCGAAAACACUGAUGUCACGGCUGUACUUCAAAAUAUUGUUCUCAAAGUUUUCAGGGACUACGAUAAAGAAAAAGAAAAAUGCAUUCUUCGAUGUCCCAAAAUUCUUGAUCCAGUUUGUGCAAGUGACAACAAAACUUAUAAUAGUUUAUGCGAUAUGGAAACUGAGUCUUGUCUGCGUGGCUCAAGUCUUGAGAUGGUUCACAAAGGAGAAUGUGAAAAAUGCAGAAGAAACUGUUCUCGAAUCAUCGAGCCGAUCUGUGCAAGAAAUGGCAAAACCUAUGACAACAUAUGCGUGAUGAAGCGAGAGGCAUGCUUUAACAACGUCUACUUAACAUUCAGACACAAUGGAAUAUGCGGAUCUGUUACAAUGAGAGGCGAAGUGAGAUUCCCAGCUGAUGGCUCAAUUCCCCAGGUUCCGGCUGGAUCUUGUAUGAUAAUAAGAACUCGAAAAUCCGUUUACUGCGAUUUCCCAGAAACCUGUCCGGACUUUGAACUUGCGGAAGUCGUUAAAAGAAACAUCACUGUUCCGUCCAAUCGCAGAAUCCCGUACGAAGUGAUUAUGAAUCCAAGACCAAAAUCAAGUGUGUAUCUUAUCGAAGUCGUGUUAAACAGAGGAUGGUGCUCUGCAGAUUCAUAUAAUUCUCAGUGGAUUCGAAACGAUGACUUUUUCAACUACAGAGAACAACCUUUCGCUGUCAGGGGAGGUGAACCAAUUUUCAAGGAUGUUAAAGUUAAAAAGCUGACAAAACUGAAAGAAAUUGAAGACAAAAUGCCAAGUGGCCUUAUUGAUCCAUGCAAGAUUUAUAAAUGCCCUUUCUAUGCAAAAUGCCAAGUGGAAUUUGGUGAAGGGAGAUGCACCUGUCCUUUAGCUUGUCCCGCCACAACAAAGCCAGUCUGCGGAAGUGACGAUAAGACUUAUGACAGCGAGUGUUCGCUGCAAAGUGAAUCUUGCAUUCUGAAGAAGCUUCUUACAGUGAAAUACACUGGUCCUUGCAAAGACCCGACACUCACAAUAACUGGAGAUGUUUUAGUAGCCAACAUUAUACCGACUGUUCCAGAAGAAUCCUGUCUCAUUAUAAGCAUUCGGAAAGAUGCAAAAUGCUCCAACACGAAACAAAAUUGUGACACUAAAACAAUUAAACGGAUCGUACAAAAGUUUGUCACGAUUCCACCCAGCAACCGCAUAUACUUUCAGAUGAACCUCAACCCGAGGCCUCAAGCUGGGAACUACAUAAUCCAUGCUGUAUUCAAUCGAGGCUGGUGUCCUAAAUUAUUCGAUACAGAAACUAUAAGAAUUGGUGACUAUUCUAAUGACAAGGGGAAAAAAUUUGAGAUCCCAGUAUCCGGUAGCUUACAGUUGGACAUUGUCAUUUCGGCGUACAUAAAUGACGUUGACAGAAAUUCUGUGCUAGUUAAAGGUGAGGUCACUCUUGACAAAAACGAGCAAGAUAUUCCAAAUGGAUCCUGCCUUUCUAUCAGUUUACAUGAAAAUCUUUCUUGCAAAAGAGUUGAGAAUUGCAGCGAACAGCCUCUAAUGCGAUUCUAUGUUAAGGGACUCGACAAACUGCCUUCCGACAAGAUACCUUAUGAAGCGACCAUCAAACCAAGGCCUAAGCCUGGAAGCUAUAUUCUAAGUGUGGUAUUGAACCGAGGCUGGUGUUCGGAGGGAUCGAGUGAAUGGAUUCGAGACGGUGACCUCUUUUUGAACGAAGGGCAAAAGUUAGAGAUUGGAGCAGCUGGAAGCGUCUAUAAAGAUGUUUCGAUCACCAGAUACUACCAAGGACUGCCUUGCCCAAUAAAAGACGGACGAAAGAUUGCUGAUGGUGAAGAUGUAAACAAUAAUGGACAUGGGUGCCAGGGGUGCCAGUGCAAAAAUGGAACAAUUGUGUGCAAAUCUGUUGUCUGCCCGGUUACUAAAUGUGACGAUGGGCACUUUUCGAUAGAAGACGGAGAUUGCUGCCCUGUUUGCAUCAGAAACCUUCAAUGUAAAAAGAAAGCAAAAUCCUACUCAAUUGGCCAGAAACAUUUCAAUCGGAAAGCGGGAUAUUGCGAAACAUGCACAUGCAAUGUAACUGGGACUUUUACCUGCAAAAGAGAAACAUGUCCAGCUCCAAGCUGCCGACGAGCAUUUUUGAUUAGCAGCUCUUGCUGCCCUGUUUGUCCGUCAGACAUCAAGUGCAAGGACCGACAGACUGCCAUGCUUUAUAAGGCGGGUGAGACUUGGCUCGGAGGUAAGGCCAACAGUUGCUCCAAAUGCAAGUGUGUUGUGAAGCCAGAAAGCAGUGCAAUUGGUUAUAUUGAAUGCACCAAGCCAAGUUGUCCGAAGCUCAAUUGUGUACAGCAAGUCUUUCCAAAGGGGUACUGCUGUCCAGUCUGUCUUAAAGAAAAUGCAAAUGGUCCGUUCAAGGAAGAGGAUGUCAGUUACCUCAAGGCUCUCAUAUUCAACGAAGUAGUUUCCUCAGAAAUAUCAUGCUCCGACCCAGCUACAGGGGCAAUUUUCAAUGAAGGCGAACGAUGGAGGUACAGGUGCAUGAAUUAUGAAUGCUCAAGGUCAGGAAUCCAGUCAUUGCCGGUCAAAUGUCCAUACUUGACAUGUCCAAAAGCCUAUCAAGUGAAAAAGUUUGGUGAAUGUUGCGCGACCUGUAGCCCAGAAUGCCUCCCAAAGCUUCUUUGUACAAGCGAAGCAAUUAUCUUAGUGGUGCCCAAAACAUUUUUGCCGCAUACAAAGGCAACUGAACUUGUUUUUGGCAAUGGUGACUGCGUUGCAAGGGGUAAUUCCACUCACUUGGUGCUAAAGGCCGGAUUGCACAAUUGUGGAACGCGGCAGGACAGUGGUAAUGGGAUGUUCUUCAAUUAUACUAACCUAGCGUAUACCCGCGAGGACAAAAAUGCGGUUAUCUCGCGUGUUCGACUGGUGAAGAUUCCAGUCGCGUGUACGCUUCCAGCACAAACAGCCAGUGUCAUGUCGAGGCAGUUUAUGAAGAGAAACCGUCCUGCGUCUGUUGUUAAUCCCAUACCAGAAGAUACCGGGCCAAUUGAAGCUUAUGAUAUUUUCAUGAAAGUCACAGAUGAGAAUGGAGUUGAGAAAGCUCCGGGAAAGGCAAUUGAGUUUGACAGCCCCGAACGAGUUUACAUAGAGAUAGAUGGAAGCGGGCUCAAAGAGAACAAUCUCACUGUCAGGGCAGACUAUUGCUACCUAACGCCAACCCCAGGACCAAAGAGCGAAGUUAACUAUACUAUCAUCAAAGACGGUUGUGCUGUUGAUCCUACCGUCGUGUUCCAAGAAACCACUGGAACCGGUCAGAGGUUCUCCUUUAGGUCACUCGUGUUUGCCAACCCAAAAAUGCCGGGAUUCUAUCUACAUUGUGACAGCGUCACAUGCCCAGUUGGCGAUGUCAAGUGUAGAAAAGGCUGUCGCCAAAGAAGAGCAUUAGCUUCACAAAAGGAUGAGUUAAAGUUUAUCAUGCGCAAGAAGAAGACUGAUCAUAAAAGAGUCAUGAAACUCACCUUACAUGUGAUGGUGGGCUGAUUUGCGUGUUUCUUUAGUGACUAUUGUUAAGAAUACACUGUACCUACUGCUUUAGAGCUUUUUAAUAUUCGGAAGAUAGUUUUUAUGCUUCAGUAGAACUGAAAUAGUUAAGUCAUAAAUAAGGCUAGUUAGCGAUAGCGAAAUACCUCUGUUUAAGGAGGUUUGGGUAGAUUACGAGGGGUAAGAAAGGUUUGGGUACUAUGACCUCUAGAUUCUUAUGUAAAAAGUGCAACACUCUUGGUGUUUGGAAGGUCUGAGACGCCUAAAGCUUGCUUUAAUUCCUUUAGAAAGAUAAGAAAAAGGAAUUCUAUUAAGAGAGUAAUCCUACUAAGAACUGUUUGGAAGCCAUUGCUUCUACGGAAGAAUAUUACGGGCAAAAAGGUAUACACCACUAGAAUCCGUUGCUUUUACAUAAAGGCUUGCAAUGUGCUUUUCCUGAAAGGUCCAUCUUUGGCAUUUUAAACUAUUCAUUUUGCCAUAUCCGUUAUCAUUACUUCAAAUUUUUAGCUUUAUGGUAUUAGAAAUUAUUUAAUCUUCACAAUGUUUCGUUAUCUUAAUAUCACGUCGUCUAGCCCUAAAGAAACCUUGCAUCAUUGCGAACAAAACGUUCCUUUGUGUUCACGUGUUUCUUAAAGGCCCAAACAUAAUGCUGCAACAGCCUUGGAUCAUGUUGUUGCGCAAAAUUAGAGCAAUAAAUCGAUCCAUAUUUCGCUGAAGAUUCUUACAGCAUUUUGAUUUAAACAAGAAUGAAUAGAAAUCCAAAAGAUGUUUCUUUGAGAGACCUUUCGCUCGUUUGGUUUUAUCAACCUAUUUUGCAGCUGCACAUAGAGUUACUACAAAAGCUGUUGCAUUGAAAUAUGUCCAUUGAAUAUCGACUCCUUUUCUAAUAUAUCUAAUACCGUAAUAAAAGUUCUUCAUACGUAAUGAUAACCACGUUUGUUAGCAUUCAUAUUCGAAUUCUUUGUAUUUAUAUCAGCGAUAAUAUUUUUAUGUAGCAAUCAAAUCAGUAGACUUCUGUCCGAGUUCCAAGAAUACUUGUAGUUAAUGAAAGAUUCUUGAAAAAAACUGCGUCUUUCAAAACUGAUUUUGAAAGCCUUUUCUGUCAGCUUGUCCUUAAUGCUCGCUGUGCUAGAGACCGCAAUUGAGCUUGUGAGACCGUUAUAAUCAGAAUUGCU